AUGAUAGUAAUUGAACUGACUCUACUGGGAAGAUACUCAGAUGUAACAGUAUGGACUUCCAACUACAGGCUAGCAACAACUAUCUACUCCAGACAGCACUACAACCAUAGAUCGAGGGGGAACCUGACGACGCAGACAGAAAGGGUGGAUGCAAAAAACUCCCCGCAGUCGAUAGCUUCGAACUCUUGGCAACGAUUGGCCUGUGCAGACCUGAAAUUGACUGGUGACACCAAUGUUGUCUCGAUCGCCAAUGCUAUAUACAGGUGUCCGUUCUUGAAUCGACGUGGUACUACUUACCUGAGCUGCACGUUGAUCUGGCCCAGUGGUGUUGUUGUGGGAACACACCCCCCGGAAGUGGAGAGAGAGGGAGAGCGAGAAGAAAAAGGGAAAAGGGACGUGUUAGGUAUUCUCCGAUCCAUCAUGUCUCAGGCACUGAUCGAUGGUUGCAAAUGCGGUAUCCGGGGUCACCUGUUCACCGCCCGGGAUCGAUCGGCCAUACUAGGAAAGGGAGACGUUCCAUUCCGAGGGCGAAUGGUCGUACAGGGAAGAAUAAUGGGGUCUACGGCGGCAUCAUUCAUUCGCCUGGAGAAUAAGCCUCGAGGUAAUGGAGGGAGGAGGGGGGGAGGACUAAGCAUCAUCUCAUCAUCGAUUGAGGUGCUUUGGGGUCACCGCGGGUGGAAGGGAAAAAGGUAG